UUCCCUCUUAUCUUUCCUUUCCCUUUCCCUCACUCUAUACGCCUUAAAGUACCUGAAGAUGGAAUCUUUUUGAUCAGUUAUUGGUUUCCGUUUUACCUGUCAGCAAAGUGUUCGGAGACAUGCCUGAACCAUGGCCACCUUCACCACCUCCAGCCAUAUUUUCGUAUCACCGCAUUCGUUUCUAACACACUUCCGUGCUCGGGUUUUCCCAUCCUGUUUCUGCGGGAUUAGCCACGGAAAUAAAAGGAAUUCGGUGUCUCUGAAGCUGAAUCCUGUGCGUGGUUUGGUGUUCGGGGAAGAGAAGAAAAGGGUUUCUUGUUGGUGCAAGAAAGGGUGGGACAACGACGGGGAUUUGGCAUUGGAGGCUGAGAUAUUGAGGUUCAUGAGAAAUAGUGACAAACCCGAGGCUUUUCCUAACCAGAAGGAGCUGCUUAAUGCUGGGAGGAUGGAUCUGGUUGAGAGGAUUAAGAUACAAAGAGGGUGGCUUGCUAUGGGCUGGGACUUGGAUGAUGAUAUUGAUAAUCGACAUGGAUUUCCAGAAAAUACGUUCCCAGAAGAUGGUGUCAGGGAUUGGGACAUUAUGGAGGAGAAGAAGAAAUGGGAUUACCAGACUCAAGAAAGGGCUCGAACUGAAGUUGAAAGUAAUGGGACAACUAAUUUGGCUGUUAGUUCUUCUAGCUCACCUUCCUCGUCUGGUAGAUCACUAGAAGUAGCAGCUGAGGAUGAUUGUGGCAUUAACGGUAUUCUGAGUCGUUUAGAGAAAGAAAGGAAUAUGAACUUUGGGAUUGGUUUCAAAGAGAAUGGUUUCAAUACUUGUUCCCAAACUAACUGUACUGAAGAAGAUUCUCUUGUCCAAGCCUCAAUAGAUUUGACAGUUGGUAGUCCUCGUAGAAAAAUACUUGCAUCAUUCAGCAAUAGUCCUGGCCCAGUCAGUGAUACCAAUGCCAAUUUUGGUCAGAAUCAGUCUCUAUCAGGCAUUGAUGGUUUAAGCAAUCCAACAUGGAGAGAGUGGAGCCUUCAAAGAGCAGGAUUUUCUGGCAAGGAAUAUGAAGAUAUUUCAGGUUAUAAGUCACUUGAAAUAAGAAAUAAAUCCAAUGAGCUAGACAGAAGAAAAGAGUCACGUGCUUGUGGAAAAGUUAUUAACGACAAUGAAAUACGAAGUCGUCUUGAGCACUUGAAGUUGGAGCUUUCAUCUGUAUUGCAGACAUUGAGGUCUAAUGCUAAUGAGGUUUUACCACGGGAGGGUGAUGGAAGUUCCACUGAUGAUUUUCGUAAGCUUUCUGAUGCUUGGGAGUUCCAGGAAAAUGAGAUAUUGAAUGCCCAGGACAAUUUGCGAUCACUACGGGCAAGGUUGGCAGUUUUAGAAGGGAAGAUGGCACUGACAAUAAUAGAUGCACAAAAGACUGUGGAAGAGAAACAGAAAAGGAUUGAUCAUGCUCGUAGAGCGCUACAGGUUCUUCGUACUACUUGCAUAGUGUGGCCUAUUUCUGGAUCAGAGGUGCUGUUAGCAGGAUCAUUUGAUGGGUGGGCUACCAAGAGAAAAAUGGAGAAGUUGAGCAGAGGUGUUUUUUCUGUACACUUGGAGUUGUAUCCAGGGAAAUACGAGAUUAAAUUCAUUGUUGAUGGUGAAUGGAAGGUUGAUCCCUUGCGCCCUGUCGUUAACGACGGUGGAUUUGAGAAUAAUCUACUUAUCAUAAGGAGCCAGGCUUGCGGAGGCAUGUUAAGAUAAUUCAUCACAAAAAUGGUAGGACAUAGGAGUAAAUGCAGUUGAUUUUUCUUUUUAGUUUCCAAUUUCCUUCUUGUAAACAAGAAGAACAGAGCUGGUAGAAGUUUGAUUUAAUGAUUCUUUUUCAAGGGGCAUCAUAUAAUGAAUGUAACAAAACCAUAUCGGACCACCGUCCGAUACCCAUUCUCUCUUAAAUGUUGUGUUUUUACCUUGUUGAUAAUGCAAAAAUCUACGCGAGAUGAUAUUACCUUGAUCAUA